UCACUAUCAAACACUCUAGUCUACGAAUAAGACAGAAAACACAGAAUGACUGGCGGUUGGUUCUUAAGCUUGAUGCUACUUGUAGUGUUUGUUUCUCCAAAUUUCGUCUUGAGCCAACCAAAAGUGGCCAGCAAUUUGCACAGAUACAAAUCACUACUGCCCCAUAACGUUCGUGCCACCAAAGCACGAAACUUCACUCUGGACAAUGGAACAUACUCUACUUACGAUGUACAAGUGAACUACUUGACUGAAGCCCCCAUGUUGAAUGGUCUCCGUCUGUAUUACUGCUACGUCAAUGUUAAAGUCUUCAAGAGUUCAGCAAUGAAGUACCCAGCAACUAAUGUGUCUGUGUUUGCAUUAGUGAUAGAUCCGAAGACACCGGAUGAUUUCAUGGGGUAUACUGAAGUACGGACCGAUUCCAAAGGAAACGCAUGUGCUCGAACAAUAUGCAGAAAAAAUGCUUUAAUAUUUGCCGAUUCUGGAAUUGAGCGUUUAAACCUGAUCAAUAAUCAAACACUGCCAACAAAAUUGAACAGCACAAUAUUAAGUGCAACCGAGAUAAAGCUAACAAAUGUCAUCCAGAUUCCAAACUUCUUUGACCCACCUGGUCCUGUUUAUACAAAAGGUUAUCUUCCGGAGUGUAAACGUUCACAACCAGGCGGUUUUUACAUCGGAUUUCAUUUCCUUGGACAACCGGACAAAUUGGAAAAAAAUCCCAAUGCAUCCAAAUAUUCUUACGAGGAAUCCUGGUACCCACUCCGUGAGGGUGAACCUGAUUAUAAGGUUUGCUACAUAAAGGUUAAAGUUCAGACACCAAUCUACAACGUUAGUAUCACCCUGGACAGCUAUAAUAACAAAAGCAAUUUUUUUUACGGACGGAUGAUUUCCGGACCAAAGGAGGAUCCAAAAGCUGGUAAUGUGAUAAAUAGAGCGGCGUGCAUAGAAUACAGAUGCCCUUAUGAAAAUCCAGACAAUGACGAUGUUAUCUCUACGAGACUAGAAGGUGCGCUUAUCGUUCCACAAGGAGUUUCUUGCAGUAAAAGAACUGUUUCCAAGGAUUUUCAAUCGGGCGUAUUCAACAUCACAAACUCCAACUUUGAGAUUUCGCUUACUCCUCUGGAUGACUAUGGAUCGAAUGCCGGUAUAUAUUUCAACGGUAAUAGUAGGAUUGCAAAGUCUCUUUGCUUUACCGGGGCCAAUGAUAUAAUUGACAAUUAUGAAAUGAAUCCAGAUACAGGCUAUGCCUUUGAGUUUACAUGUGCAGGUAAACAACCUAUGUUAUAUGGAUAAAUUAUGUGUAUUGUUCUUGUAUAGCAUGCAAGUAUUCAUCAUUAUUGUUUAAUUUUGUAAAAUGUCAAAAAUA